AUGUCUUCGGAAGGAGAAGGGUUGGGUCUAGUUCCACGAAGUGCUUAUGAUGAUCAAUGUACUGAUCCAGAAGUAAAGACUGUUAUAAAACUACCGAAAGCAGUACCCGGUGAUGUUUCCACAGCCUUACUCAAGAGGCAUCAUGAUUAUUAUGCAGAGGCAGAGCUUGUUAGUGUGUCUCGAGCUCCAGUCAGAAAAGGUCUCAGAAAUGACAAGCUCAUCAUUUGUGAGCACUUUGGUCAAUGUAGUGGAUGCCAGCUCCAGAUGCUUCCAUACGAGAAUCAGCUAGAAUUCAAACUGGACAUCAUUAAAAGAGCAUACAAAUAUUUCUAUCCAAAACUAGACUGCUCCAAGGUUGAAGGCUUUGGCCUUGUUGUCGAUUCUCCAAUGCAAUUUUCAUAUCGGACGAAGCUUACUCCACAUACUGUUGUUCCUAAGAAAUUUGGGAUGGAAUUUCUCCCAGUACCUGUCGGAUUCAACAAUGCAGUCCUUGGAAAUCCUAUUGUUGACAUUAACCAUUGUCCAAUCGCCACUAGUCCAAUAAACGCUGUCAUCCCCGAACUCAAGAAGCAACUCAAUGAUAAAUUGGCUGCAAAAUUGGAGUCCAAGUCCAAAAUAAAAGUUGCUCCAGACUUUAUUCUCAGGGACAGUAUAAGAAUCAAUCAUGCUACCGGUGAGUACACAAAUGUGUGUUUAACGCAAAGAAACAAUGUUGUUACCGAAAAAGUGAAGGAGUUCGUAUUUCAGUUUGAAGCCAACGAGUUUUUCCAGAACAAUCGGUCAAUUUUGCCGACAUUCAUUGAUUUUAUAAGCUUCCACUUGUCUCAUGUCAACUUCAAACACAUUGUUGAUGCUUAUUGCGGAUCUGGCUUUCUCGGGAUUUCUUUGUCGAGCCAACUCCCAAAAGAUGGUAAAGUAUUUGGCAUCGAAAUCUCAAAAAAAUCUAUUGAAUAUGCUAAGCAUAACGCAGGUAUAAAUGGGAUCCCAAUGCCUGAAAAAAUGAUGUUUGUGUCGGGAAAUUCUGAUUCCAUCUUUACUGACGGCAACUUUUUAGGCUCAGGUGUUCAUGGAAGCAACAGCGUCGUUAUCAUGAACCCUUCUAGAAAAGGUUCCACAGAUGAGUUUAUUCAGCAAUUGGUGGAUUUCAGGCCCAAAGCCAUCAUUUAUGUCAGCUGUAAUGUCUUCACACAAGCGCGAGACUUAGCGUCUCUUCAAACUUUUGCGGAUCGGCUGGGUGUUAAUUAUCAGGUCAAAACAAUCACUGGUUUUGACUUUUAUCCUCAAACAAAACAUGUCGAAUCAGUUGCGGUUCUAGAGCUACAAGAGUGA